AUGGAGCACUUCCCCCCGAAGAGGAAUCUGGAGGAUCUGUGGUGGUCUGCUUUUCCUGUUGGGACUGAGUGGGAAAACAUUGAUAUGAUAAAGGAAUUCAAUUGGAACUUCGAAAAUUUAGAGAAAACACUAGAGGAAGGGGGGAAACUAUAUGGGAAGACGGUUUACUUGUUUGGAAGCACCGAGCCACAACAAUUGAAUGUUAAUGGUGAAUUGAAGAUUGUAGUUGUUCCUGUUGUACUUGCUGUUGACUGUCCUUUUCCUCCAUCAGAUAAGAUUGCCAUAAAUUUUGUUCGAACGGGAAAAGAAGAAAUAGUACCAAUGGAAGAGAUGAAGAUGUCAUGGGUGCCUUAUAUUCCUCUUCAGGACCGGUUUGGCAGGAUUGGAAGUUUGAAAACAAAAAUCUUCACUCUCUGUUGCACCCAGCGGAGGUCUGUGCUGAACCGUAUGAAUACUGAGAGCGCCAACCAGUUCUACUACUACACGCCCUACAUGCCACUAAAUCCUCCUGAAGAUGAAGAUGGCAUGGUUGUCCGCGUCAUAUAUCCUCUAGAACCCCUGAUAGUUUGUGAUUUUGACUUGGAAUGGGAUGAUUACAAGGUUUUAGCUCAUAAGCUAGUCGAAGAUGAGGGGUUGCCAGAGGAUGAGAGGGAAAAAAUUGAGGAAUUUCUAAAGGAGAAGGUUAAACAAGGGAAAAUAGAACUGGAACAGGCUGAAGAAGCCAGGAAGAAAGCUAUUGAAGAUAUGGACCCUAAGCAAAGAGAGGCAUUUGAAAACAUGAAACUUUACAAAUUCUAUCCUGUGAAAACCCCGGAUACACCUGAUGUUAACAAUAUGAAGUCGAGGCACAUCAACAGAUAUUAUGGCCGCGCACAUUAUCUGAUGUAA